AUGAAGAGGUUAAAAAUUGGAAUUAGACCUCAACUAAUAGUGCUAGUAUGUUUUGCUUCGCUAUUAUCAUUAUUAAUUUUGGGGUUAGUUACGGGUAUAUAUUUUAGUGAUAAUUUAAAAAGUCUACGGAGUGAGAGAUUAUCAGUUAUUUCAGAAUUAAAAUCUGUACAAGUUGCACAAGCAAUGGGAUUUAUAGGAUUAACAAUAGCCUCAUUAUCAACAGUUGAUACAGUUAUUAGACCUUUAGAAGCUGCCCAGAGUGGUAAUUCAUCAUCUCACAUAUAUGAUGAAGUACAAGACUUAUUCGAUCAAUAUAUGUCAACAGAUAUUUUUGUGUCUGCUAGAUUAUAUGAUAAAGAUUUAAAUAUAGUAACAAGUUCAAAAAAUGAACCAGUUCAAUUAUCAGAUGAAGUUAAAUCAAAAUUAUACCCAAUACCUGAUGGUGGUCCUAUGACGAGAAUUGUUAAUCAUUAUGUUAGUAACGGUCAAUAUUAUUAUAGUGGACCAUUAUCAAAUGAAACUGUAAAUCAACAUACAACAGACUUUUAUAUGGGAGUUACUACAACUAUAGAGGCAAGUAGUAAUGAUACAAUAGUGGGCUAUUUUUCAGUUAUUGCAUCUGCCGAAACUUUAUUUAAAGCUUUAAAUGUUUCAACUAAUGACUAUUGGACCCUAGCUGUAACUCCUGUAUUUGAUCACAAUUCUACUGAUUAUGACGAUAGUAUGCCUUAUAGUUCAAUAAAAGGUUUUGAAGCUGUCUUCCCUAAUAGAGGUGGAAUAAUUCAAGCAGGUGAAUAUUAUCCUAUAGGCUCAUCAUCUUUAAUAGGGCCCGCAUUCAAAUCAAAUAAUACAACUGGUGUAACAACAAAUGUUAGAUCUGUGACUAAUGUUCGACUUGCAACAAGUUAUUAUAGAGUAAGAUUUAAUAAUUGGAUGUGGCUAAUUUUAACUACUCAAACAUCAAAGACAUUUAAUGCUCCAGUUACCAAAUUAAAAAAAAUUAUAAUCGGAGUUGUUUUUGGAGUUGGAGUAUUCAUGUGUGUUUUAACAUUAUUUUUAGCAAUAUGGUUUAUACGACCUAUUACAAGAUUGAAAAAUGCAACAGAAUCAAUAACUCAAUAUAAAAAGGAAAUGGUUAUACUGGAACAAAGAGAGAAAAGUGGAGCUUAUGAUUCUGAUACAGGGGGCAGUAAAAGAAAUAGUGUUCAUACUACAUCUACAAAUGGGUCUGGAUCAAUUCAUUCAUCAGGUAUCAGAUUACCAACAAGAAUUCCAAGAUCGAAAGCUUUAUUUAAAGAUGAAUUAACGGAAUUAUCUGAAGCUUUCAAUAUUAUGACCGAAGAGUUGGAAAAGCAAUAUAACCACUUAGAAGAUAGAGUUAGAUUAAGAACUAAAGAAUUAGAAGCUUCCAAAAUUGAAGCAGAAGCUGCAAAUGAAGCUAAGACUGUUUUUAUUGCAAAUAUCUCACAUGAAUUACGAACACCACUAAAUGGUAUAUUGGGAAUGGCUUCAAUUGCAAUGGAAGAAGAAGAUCAAACAAGAAUGAAAGAUUCAUUAAAAUUGAUUUAUAGAUCUGGUGAAUUAUUAUUACACAUUUUAACUGAAUUAUUAACAUAUUCCAAAAACACCCUUAAUAGAUCAAAAUUAGAAAAAUCAAAUUUUCAAAUCUUGGAAAUUGUAUAUCAAAUUCAUUCAAUCUUUAAUAAACUAGCAUUAGAUCAAAGAGUUAAUUUUAAAAUACUGGUAAAGCCAAAUUUCUUUAGAAAAUUAAUUUUACAUGGUGAUUCAAAUAGAAUUAUUCAAAUUAUAAUGAAUUUAGUUUCGAAUUCCUUAAAAUUUACACCAGUUGAUGGAUCAGUUGAUGUUAAUUUCAAGUUGGUGGGUGAAUAUGAUUAUGAACAAUCUGAAAUCUGUGAUUUUGAGAAAGUUUGCGUUUUCGAUGGUGGUCCAACUGCUAGACCAGUACCACCAAGGUAUAAUACAAAUCUAUCAUUGAAAAGAAGAUUUAGUAGAGCUCUGCAACAAAUGGCAGUAGAUCCUCAAAAUGAAGUACAACAACAAAGAAGCUUAUAUACAGCUGAUGAUAACAUGAGUCUUGUGACUUUAUCUACACAACAGUAUGAAAAGGUUGUAUUUGAUCAACAAUUUAAAUUUAAAGAACAUGAUAAUUCUUUACCUCCAUCACCAAGAACUUCAUUUGAUGAUUCAUCAGACACCAAAAAUUUGUCAUCAUCAAGUGACGAUGACGGGAAAGCGUCUGGCUAUAAUGAAAAGAUACAAACAAAUGAUGAGAUUCAUUCAGAAUUAAGUAAUUAUAUCUUACCUCAAGCAAAUGCUUUCAAAUCGUACCCAACAAUGAACAAAAAAGAAGAAUCUGAAGGGGAUAAAUCUUUUAAAAUUAAAAACAUGUACAAACCAAAAACUUGGGUUGUUCAAAUAGAAGUCAAGGAUUCAGGAUCAGGUAUCGAACCUUCAUUACAAGAAAAAGUAUUUGAACCAUUUGUUCAAGGUGAUCAAACACUAAGUAGAUCAUAUGGUGGUACAGGUUUAGGAUUAAGUAUAUGUAGACAAUUGGCAAAAAUGAUGAAAGGUACAUUAACUUUAAAAUCAGCAAUUGGUGAAGGUUCAACUUUUACAUUAACUUUACCAUUACCACAAACUGGAGAAAUGAUGAUGUCAUCAAAAGAUUUAGAAGAAUUUUGUGAUGAUGAAUUUAAUCCAUCAGCUAAAAUAAAUAGAAAAGUCGCUUUUAAUGAUGAAGUAGAAACUGUUGGAACAAAACCAAGUAAAGCAUCAGAAUCAAAAAGUGUUGAAAGUGGUGUUUAUCCUAAAAGCUCAACUGGUACGGCUAGACAUUCAACCGAUAAUAAUUAUGAAAAUGAUGAAUUAAAUGAAAUUGGAGAAAAAAUGCCAAUCGCACUAACAACAGUCACUACCACCCCAACAACAACAACAAAAAUAACAAAUACUCCAACAGCUACAACAACUGAAGUUACAACAUUAACUAAAGCAGUUACAACUUCUCCAAAUAAUAGUUUAACCUCACAACAAAAACAAAUUGAAAUUCAAGCGCAACCACAACUUAUAAAGCAAAAUUCAGAAAUCAAAAUGCAAAUACAAAACAAAGAACCAAUAAAAAAAUCAUCAUCAUUAUCAUCAUCAUCAACAACAACCACAAUUUCAUCGUCUCAAUUAUGCGAUGAAUUAAAAAAUAUCAAAAUAUUAGUAGCAGAAGAUAAUCAAGUAAAUCAAGAAGUUAUUAAACGAAUGCUAAGAUUAGAAGGUUUUACAAAUUUAACAAUGGCAGCAAAUGGUAAAGAAGCAGUAGAAAUUAUAGAAAAAAAUUCAACUUAUGAUUUAAUUUUUAUGGAUAUUCAAAUGCCAAUUAUGGAUGGUAUUACAGCUGUUAAAUAUAUUAGAUCAAAUUUAAAUUUUAUAAAUCCAAUUAUUGCAUUAACAGCUUUUGCUGAUGAAAGUAAUGUAAAAGAAUGUUAUAAUUGUGGUAUGAAUGGAUUUUUAGCAAAACCUAUUAGAAGAAAUUUCUUGAAGAAAAUUUUUAUUGAAUUUGGACCUAUUUUACUUGAACAUUUAAAAGCAAAAGAACAAUCAGGAGGGACUUAA